AGGAGGGGCGAGGCGGCCAGCCGCUGAUCCACCGGCAUCAUGGCUUCCUAACCGGAGGGGGAAGUAAUUCAGAGGAAGAAAAUAAAAACGCGGAAUUUUCUUGACUUCCCAACAGAGCAUCGCCCUUUCUCGCACCUGAGAUUGGGACAGAGGGGUUCGGCGUCCCUAUUCGCCCCCCGCGGCCGCCCCUGGGAUCCAGGAUACACUUUAAUUCUUGUCGGUGAAUUUCCAUUCGUAAACCGUGGAAGAUGGCCGACCCGGCGGAGUGCACCAUCAAAGUGAUGUGCCGUUUCAGGCCCUUGAACAGCUCCGAGGUGACCAGAGGCGACAGAUACAUUCCCAAAUUCCAGGGGGAAGACACUGUUGUUAUUUCGAGUAAACCAUACAUGUUUGACAGAGUGUUUCAGUCAAAUACAACACAAGAACAAGUGUACAACGCCUGUGCCCAAAAGAUUGUAAAAGAUGUUCUGGAGGGAUACAAUGGGACUAUUUUUGCUUAUGGGCAGACAUCAUCUGGAAAGACACACACCAUGGAGGGGAAUCUCCAUGACACAGAUGCAAUGGGUAUCAUCCCCAGGAUAGUGCAGGACAUCUUCAACUACAUCUAUUCCAUGGAUGAAAACCUGGAGUUUCAUAUCAAAGUUUCAUAUUUUGAAAUCUACUUAGACAAGAUCCGAGACCUUUUGGACGUAUCAAAGACCAAUCUGUCAGUGCAUGAAGACAAAAACAGAGUACCCUAUGUCAAGGGAUGCACUGAGAGGUUUGUCUGCAGCCCCGAGGAGGUCAUGGACACAAUCGAUGAAGGCAAAUCUAACAGACAUGUAGCAGUUACAAACAUGAACGAGCACAGCUCCAGGAGUCACAGCAUCUUCCUGAUCAACGUUAAACAGGAGAACACUCAGACCGAGCAGAAGCUCAGUGGAAAGCUCUACCUGGUGGACUUGGCUGGCAGUGAAAAGGUCAGUAAAACAGGAGCCGAAGGAGCCGUGCUGGACGAGGCCAAGAACAUCAACAAGUCCCUGUCCUCCCUGGGAAAUGUCAUCUCUGCGCUGGCUGAAGGAACGGCCUACAUCCCCUAUCGAGACAGCAAGAUGACGCGUAUCUUGCAGGACUCGCUGGGCGGAAACUGCAGGACCACCAUCGUCAUCUGCUGCUCACCUUCCUCCUACAACGAGGCUGAAACCAAAUCCACCCUGAUGUUCGGACAGAGAGCAAAGACCAUCAAGAACACAGUGACGGUGAAUAUUGAGCUGACAGCAGAGCAGUGGAAGCAGAAGUAUGAGCGAGAAAAGGAGAAGAAUAAAACCCUGAGGAACACCAUCACAUGGCUGGAGAACGAGCUCAAUCGCUGGAGAAAUGGCGAGAGCGUGCCGGUGGAGGAGCAGUUCGACAAGGAGAAGGCCAAGGAGGAGGUGCUGGCUCUGGACAACAUGAUCAACGAGAAGCCGGCCUCCACGCCCAACGUGCCCGGCGUCCGCCUCACCGACGUGGAGAAGGACAAGUGCGAGGCCGAGCUGGCCAAGCUGUACAAACAGCUGGACGAUAAGGAUGAAGAAAUCAACCAGCAGAGCCAGCUGGCUGAGAAGCUGAAGCAGCAGAUGCUGGAUCAGGAAGAGCUGCUCGCCUCCUCCCGGCGUGACCACGAGAACCUGCAGGUGGAGCUGAACCGCCUGCAGGCGGAGAACGAGGCCUCCAAGGAGGAGGUGAAGGAGGUGCUGCAGGCGCUGGAGGAGCUGGCCGUCAACUACGACCAGAAGAGCCAGGAGGUGGAGGACAAGACCAAGGAGUUUGAGGCCAUCAGCGAGGAGCUGAGUCAGAAAUCAUCCAUCCUGUCGUCUCUGGACUCUGAGCUCCAGAAGCUGAAGGAGAUGUCCAACCACCAGAAGAAGAGGGUGACAGAAAUGAUGUCCUCCCUGCUCAAAGACCUCGCCGAGAUUGGAAUCGCUGUCGGCAGCAAUGACAUAAAGCAACACGAGGGCGGCAGCGGUCUGAUCGACGAGGAGUUCACCGUCGCCCGUCUCUACAUCAGCAAGAUGAAGUCGGAGGUGAAGACGAUGGUGAAGCGCUGCAAGCAGCUGGAGAGCACUCAGUCCGAGAGCAACAAGAAGAUGGACGAGAACGAGAAGGAGCUGGCUGCCUGCCAGCUGCGCAUCUCUCAGCAUGAGGCCAAAAUCAAAUCUCUGACUGAGUACCUGCAAAACGUGGAGCACAAGAAGAGGCAGCUGGAGGAGAACGUGGACUCUCUAAACGAGGAGCUCGUCAAGCUGAGUGCUCAGGAGAAAGUCCAUGCUAUGGAGAAGGAGAAUGAGAUUCAGACUGCCAAUGAAGUCAAGGAAGCGGUUGAGAAGCAGAUCCACUCCCACCGCGAAGCUCACCAGAAGCAGAUCAGCAGCCUGAGAGACGAGCUGGACAACAAGGAGAAGCUCAUCACUGAGCUGCAGGAUCUGAACCAGAAGAUCAUGCUGGAGCAGGAGAGACUCCGAGUGGAGCACGAGAAGCUGAAAUCCACCGACCAGGAGAAGAGCCGCAAGCUGCACGAGCUCACGGUGAUGCAGGACAGAAGGGAGCAGGCCAGACAGGACCUCAAGGGCCUGGAGGAGACUGUGGCCAAGGAGCUGCAGACUCUGCACAACCUGAGGAAGCUCUUUGUCCAGGACCUGGCCACCAGAGUGAAGAAGAGCGCCGAGAUGGACUCCGAUGACACCGGCGGCAGCGCGGCGCAGAAACAGAAAAUUUCCUUUCUUGAGAACAAUCUUGAGCAGCUCACCAAGGUUCACAAACAGCUGGUGCGUGAUAAUGCAGACCUGCGCUGUGAGCUUCCUAAACUGGAAAAGCGCCUUCGUGCUACGGCUGAGCGGGUCAAGGCCCUGGAGUCUGCUCUGAAGGAAGCCAAGGAGAACGCCGCCCGCGACCGCAAGCGCUACCAGCAGGAGGUGGACCGCAUCAAGGAGGCCGUCAGGGCCAAGAACAUGGCCAGGAGGGGACACUCGGCCCAGAUCGCCAAACCCAUCCGACCCGGCCAGCAGCCGGUGGCGUCGCCCACUCACCCCAACAUCAACCGCAGCGGAGGGGGCUUCUACCAGAACAGCCAGACCGUGUCCAUCAGAGGGGGAGGCAGCGCCAAGACCGACAAGAACUGAAGAGCAGCGGGACAGAAGGACGACUCCACAGAAGAAGCCAACAUGCCCCCACCUCCCCCCCCCCCCCCCCCCCCCCCCGCCCACUCCCACAACCUGUCAUUCCACUACAGCGAGCGGGCUCCUCCGAGGAGUUUCUGAAUUAUAAAUAUAUAUAUAUAAAUAUUCCCAGCCUGUACAGCUCCGACCCCUAAAAAUCCCCACACAUACAUCCACCCCCCCCCUCUCUCACCUACUUACCCCCCUCCCUCCCCAACCUCUAAUCAUGACCUAUCUCCUUUUCUCUUAAUGGAUAUGAUUAAAUUUAAAAAAAAAAAAAAAAAAAACACGACAUGGAUUUUUAAUUUACAAAAGGCAAGAAUAAUGUUCUCAUCCACUGAACCAAACUCGGUCCGGAGCGCAGCCUGGGCGAGCGAAACAAACGCGCCACCGGUAACGUGCUAAAGCUUUGUUUUUUUUUUUUUUUUUGUUUUCGCACAGUCUGUCGUCAUCCGUCGUGGUCGUGCCGAGCUGAAUGUAACAACAGCAAGAUCUGAAAAUACUUAUAAAGAUAAGCACCUAAAACAGACAUUAAGAUAAAAAAGAGAGGAAAAAAAAAAGAAAAAGACAGAAUGGAAGAAACAGCUUGAUCCUGUAGGCUAACCUCUGUACAUUUCAUCAUCGGUUGUUAACCACACUUUGGGUAGAUUUUACAUGCUUCUUUAAGGUAAAGAUAAAAAAAGUGAAAAAAUCCCACAAAAAAAAAAAAAGAUGUUUUUGAAUUGACUAGAUGGCGUCGAGCACUACUGUUCUGUCCGCUCUUCUUGUACAGAUGUAAAAUUGGGCACUGCAGCACGAGCAGAGAGAAACCGAGAGGCUGUAAGGUCGACGACGGGAGCGUUUUAAAACCAGAAGGAUUUAAAAAAAAAAAAAAAAGCCAAGCGUGCGACGGUGUACUGUAGAUGUAUUUAACUAAAUACCUGUGGAGGCCAAUGUUUUUAUCAUUAAGUUAAAAAUAAAAUGCUAUACUCGUUCUUGGUGACGUCGGUGAGGCGGAUGUGAAGAAUGUAAAAGGAUGGAGAAGAGGAGGAGGAGGAUGAUCCGGUAAAUUCAACAAGCUUCCACAUUUUUUUUUUUUUUAAGUAGCUCAAUGUUUUUACUCCUCACUGGUUAAUAUUGAUGUUAACUGAAGCUAUUUAUGUCUCUGCACAUAGACCGAGAGGCCCCGUCACUUACUCUCUCAUCUCCUUUCAUUCAGGACCUUUAACGUUUUUUUUUUUUUUUUUUUUUUUUCUUCGUUCCCGCUGCGUCAUGAAGUCUUUUCAAGGGUGCCUCGCCUCUUCUCUCACCGUCCCUCGCCCCCCCCUCCCCUUUUCUUUUUAAGAUGUGCCCCUUUGUAAAUUUACAGAACGUGACGUGCUACGCUGGGUUUUCAUGUACUGUAUGUGUCUCUUUUUGUUUUGGGUUUUGUUUUGUUUUGUUUUUUUUUCCUCCCCUCUCUUCCAUAGGCGGUGUAGAUCUGUCGGGGUGGGGGUGCCGGUCGAUCGCUCAGACCCUUGCCACUGAUCAGCCAAUCAGGGAGCGCAGGGCCUUUCUAAAAAUUGCACACUAAUCUUCUGUCAUCAUCUGGAGGAAGGGUUUAUUUAAUGGAAACUAGCCAAGGGGAGGGGAGUAGGAUUGAUUUUGUGUUUCGUUGUAUUUCUUGUAUUUUUAUUCUGAAUCCCAUCAUGACUUUUUUUUUUUUUUUCUUAAACUCUGUGCAGCCCUUUGCAUCGGCAAACAGCUUGUGCUGACCGUAACCCCGGCAUGAGAACACUAACAUCUUAUGCUAAGUGCAAUAUACUGUAAAGUACACUGAAUAUCGACGUGAUCAGGGCGAGUCCACACCUCUACGACACAAUACGAUGGAAAUCGGUGUGAAAAUACUGAUGGAAGAAGAAACUUAACAAGUUGUUUUGGUCAAGAUAGGAUCCGGAGUUUCUCAGAGAGGUGUGAAGUCCGCUUCGUGAGCACUUCUCCACGAUAUCUGCACUCAGAAAACACUCCUAAAUGACGUCUGAAGCCCAUGAACGGAUCUGAAAUCCAUUCUAAUCACUUCCUACAGGGAGGAGUAGCUCCCCUCCCUCACAUAUAUACCCGACAGGACAGUGUUUGGUGUGUUUUGAGACGGUUUAUACCCUCUGUGUAAUCUCCUAGAUUAGUUAAGACUUUGCAGCAUGGACCUCGAGAUGUUUAUCCUUUGACCUUUCACCAAAACUGGAUACAAAAUGGGGAAAAAUAGUCAAAUACAGCGGAAAAUACUUGUGUGUACCUAAAUUAAUUUUUCUUUUUUUUUUUGCAUUAAUUCUAAAUUAAGGAAAAA